UAUAUGUAUAUAUAUAUGCAUGCGUAUUGGUUUCAUUUUCUUAUGAAAAAAUACCUAUCAGUGUAAAGCACAGAAAUCUGUCGGUAUGUCAAUGUCAUCUUGAACUGCGCUUGAAUUGAUUUAAAUAAAACGAACGCAUUUAUCAUCCGUUAUCAUCAGCAACAACAACAACGUAGAAACGAAAGUAAAACUAUGGAUAGGAACAAUCAAAGAGAACAACAUCUGAGCAGACGUUGACAUUAGGCCGACGUCGCUUUUUUAAAUAAUGUUUAUGGAGGGUGAUCGUUUGAGCAAUAUUAGGAUCUAGUUUGUAGGCAAUGGAUCCGAAUAAGUACCUUUGUCGCAAUGCUACACCAGCAGCAAUAUCAUCAUCAACGUCCGCUCAGCCGGCAGCGACAACAACAUCGGCAACAAAUGGUUGUGGCACUAAUGCAAUGCCAGAUUACAUGGCUUGCGAUUCGGUACACUCCUCGACCGGUUUCAAUUGUAAAGAGUUGCUGGCGCGAGGUAUUAACAGUAAUAAUAAGACUCCACUUCAUCAACGGUCUGGCGCAAUUAAUGCGGCCCCAUCGACCAUGUCAGGAUCGCCGACAACGGCUGGAACCUCUAAUACUGGUGCUUAUUGUGGCGGUAACAGUAACAGUCCGGGCAAUUAUAUUAACGUAAUGCCUGUUCCAAUGGGUACAUUACAAUAUAAUCGUAGAAAACUAACGCCACAAGAAUAUCAAUCUCGUUUGUAUUACAAUACCGCGGAUUAUAGAUGUAGGGACGAGUUUUAUUCGAACGGUGCAAGCGGGCGGGUGAACACAGCUUCACCGUCACCAUCAUUGCAAUUGCAAAGUCAACAUAACAAUCAGCAACAUCAUCAACAUCCAAGUCAUCCACAAAUUCAGCAUCAGCAGCAUCAGCAGCAACAACAGCAGCCAUCGCACCCACAACAUCACCACCAUCAUCAGCAAAUAAGUCAGCAAGUGCCAUCACAGCAAUAUCACUUUGCUCAACAGCAGCAGCAGCAGCAGCAGCUACAUUAUCCAAGCUCGUUAAGUAACGUACAACAACAGCAACAACAACAUCAUCAGCAUCAACAGCAUCAACAGCAUCAGCAGCAUCAACAUCAAAACCUGCAACAACAGCACAAUCAUCAUACUCAUCACCAUCACCAUCAGAAUACCUGUGGUUCGUCUGUUGCGCUGGAUCCAGUAGAGGAGGCUCUUAACUGCCCGGCGUUGGGUGCACCUAGUAGUCGAAUGAUGGCGGCCACGCAAACGCAACCAACAACUGGUAAUUGUGAACAGUUCAUGGCAUCAGCCUCUCUGCCUUUGGGUUCCGUGCAUACAGCGACCGUGCCACCCAUCAUGUACACCGUACACCGAGUCGUAACUACAGCGCAAAUUCAAACAGCUGCCGGUAAUACUUUCGCUUCAUCAUCAAGUAUCUCAAGCAUGGUAAGUGCGGUGCAGAAUGAAGCUGAUAAUGUGGAAAAUGUAUCAAGUCCGGGGUCAGCGCCACCUAAUGCCGAAUGUUUUGCUACCAAUGACAGUGCCGCUUGCGUUACGGGUAUUCUUGGAGCGGAUGGCAAUAGCAAUAGCAUAAAUGUUGUAGGUGGAAAUGUACCAGCUUCCAAUCUUUGUACUUCACCUGCUCCCAUAACGACUGUAAAUUAUUCAAAUAGCCAAACAAAAGUCUCGGAUUCAGCGCGAACGGCAAAUAAUAAUCAAUACAUGAAUACAGCGUCAUCGUCAAAUGUUAACUGCACAAAUGGCACAAAAACAACAACAAAUUCAAUGCCGAGGCCUUUGCAAGAUGUGAUACCAACUUGCGUGUAUUUAAUGUCACGUGUUGCGGUACAUAUGGAGAUCGAGGGAACGGCUCAGUGUCCGUCUCAGGUGAUGUUGGCAGCUGCUUUGGGCUGUGAAGAACUAGGUAUAGCCAACAAAUUGUUGGCGCAAAGUAUAUUCGGAUUGUGGAUGACAAGCGCACUCUUGGACAUACAACUUAAGUCACAUCAUCGACCAUUCUUAGUACGUUUAGCCUGGUCAAAUCUUCUCGAAAAGUUCAGUCAUGGCAAUCCAAUUGAGAAGAAGUUUGACGAACCAAUGAUAAUGCUGAAACGAAACGUAUUUUUUUCAAAAAAAGAUGAGGAAAAAAUCAAAGAUCAUCGAAUAUUAGAACUUUUAUAUGAAGAAGCGAAGCACAAUGUAUUAACAGGGAGAUAUAUAAUGGAAUCAGUUCAUUCUUUAAUGUUGGGUGGCAUACAAGCACGCAUUGAAUUGGGUCCAUUCAAUACUCAUACGCACACCAUAACCUUUUUUCGAGAAAAUCAAUCGCGAUUUUUGCCUCAACAUGUUGCCAAAAAUUCUAAUUGGUCUUGGCUUCCAGUGAGCCGUAAAAAUUCGGCCGAAGUUAAAUUACUAGAACAAUUUAAACGUGUGCCACAAACAGCAACAACGCGUAAAUUAAUGCGUAAAUAUUUAGAAUUUUGUUGGGCUCUUCCUUUCUAUGGUGCUGCGUUUUUUCAUGGCCAAGUUGAGCAACCGGUACGUGGUUUAAUGAGUAUGGUUAACCAUAAGGAUGUUAGAGUUUUAGUGGCUGUAAAUGAGCGCGGGGUUUUUAUUAUUGAUCCAAUUGAAUGUACCUUGCUACUUGGACUACGCUACGAGGAUUUGUCGUGGGAUUUUGCAAAGCCAAGUGCUACGGAUGAUCCAGAAUGUUUAACAUGUAUAUUUAUACAGUUCGAUGCUGUUGAGAAUGGAAUACAAACAUCAAAAUUGAUGCAAGUAUUCUCAAGACAAGCUGCAAUGAUCGAUGCCUUAAUAUCACAUUUUGCUGAUCAAGUGCGGAAACGUAGACAAGAUGGCAGUACAACAGAGCAAUUUCAUGAUGAACCGAAUCCCAUACAAAAUAAUGGUAACGGUGUACUAUGCAAUAAAUUAUCCCGCCUAACAUUGGCCACGUUCGAUGAGGAAGGUCGUUGUAUUGGACAAAUGGGAUCAUUAUCGAUAAGUUAUUAACAAUUGUUUUAUUUUUGAGUUUCGCUAAGCGCUGUACUAACAAUUUCAUUGCAAACGACGUGGAAAAUGGUUGUAUGAUGCAGUGUGGUUGGGGCAUUUGUGCAUUAAAUGCUUUCAGCAUAAAAGUUAAUUUAAUGUUUAUAAUCAUCGAUUGACAAAAAAAAAAAACAAAAUCGAUCCAAAAAGUGUUCAUAUAUAGAUUAAUUUAUUUUUGUUAACAAAA